GCAGUAUAGCUGCAUUAUUCUUAGCCAACUAGUUCUUUGUCCCAGCAGUCUGGCCAGCAAUUCGAAAGCGACUACACGAUGGCCAAGAGGGGAAUAUUGGAUUCCCAGUGGCUCCUACUUGUGGUAGGUGGACUGCUCAUAAUGGGAUUAGCUGUAGUUGACUGCCUGGAAUGCUAUGCCUGCGAUUCCGCCGAGGAUGUGGAAUGUGCCACCCGACCGGGUCAACAGCUGGAAGUGGAGGAGUGUUCGCUGGCCGGCGACGAAUGUGUCACCUCCAUUUCGGCGGGACUGACGCGACGCGGCUGCCUGGCCCGCCUGUAUCCCAACGGCUAUUGUGCCGCUCCGUGUGACAGGUGUAACACGAGUCUAUGCAAUCGGCACGUCUAUCCCACGGAUCGGCUGCGAUGCUAUCAAUGCAGCGGAUCGGAGUGCAUCGAUGUGACCAGCAGGCCACAGUAUCUGCUGCCGUGUCCGGUUUAUCGGGAGGAUGACAGGUGCUACACGAACGUAGUCCACUUAUCCAAUACCCAGCGUGGCUGUGAGUACACAAAUCUUCCCACAACCUGUCCGCAUGUUUGCUUAAAGUGCAACUACAAUGGUUGCAAUGCGGAGAAGACCGUCACGGAGACGCGUUGCCUCCAGUGCGUUCACAAUCGAUUGGCCCCAAAUCCCGAUUGCCUGAGGGAUCAGGAGCCCGAGGAUCGGGUUCCGGAGGAUCAGCCAAAGUGCUCGUUGAGCAACACAACCGUCUCGCAUUGCGCCAAUAAAGUGAUGUACGGACAUCGGGAGAAUUGCUACAGCUAUCGCAAUACCCAAACGGAGGUAUUUCAAAGGGGUUGCUCCACAACGAUGGGAUUCUUUCCCACCGGCGAGCUAAGCGAAUGCCACGGUGAAUUCUGCAAUGCCAACUGCCAGGAUAUAGUCUGUGCUGUCUGCAAUUCCACAGCGAAUCCGGGUUGUCGGGCCGGACGCAAUCUGCCGACCGAAAAGUGCGCAGCGGGCACUACGGCCUGCUAUUCCUGCGAGCAAGAUACCUUCCUGCGACGUGGCUGUGCGGAUGCGGAUUUUGCGCCUGCUGCACUGGGCGACAGUUGCCAACUGUGUCGGGAUGCUGAUUCCUGCAAUCGCUACUCCGUGCGGAGCUGCUAUCGCUGCAAUGCGCAGGAUGCGGAUACGGAUUGUGCGGCCAUGGAUUUGCCUCCGGCGAUGACCAUCAGUAAUUGCACUAGCUCCACAGAGCUGUGUGUGAGCACGGUGGUCAGUCGACUGGACGGCAUCUAUACGGUGCGAGGAUGCGAGUCUCAGGUACCGGAGUGCUCUGCAAAUGAUCCGUAUUGUGUCCGGUGCAACGGAAGUCUGUGCAACGAUGCACCCACUCUCUGGAGGCAAACGCAACUCGAUCUGGUUGCAAAUCAGGAUUUGCGGGAUAGCUGGUGGUCACUUCUUCAAUACUGGUGGUCCAGGAAACUCCGAUAAAGUCACCCAUAUAAAGUAUACCAAUGAAAUAAAGAGUGAUAAACUAACAGCUGAUGUUAAUGAAUGUUUGGCCGGCAAUAUACAAAAAACCGAGAAACGCCCCCGCAAAAAGAAACCAAAUCCACUCGGAUAACCAAGCUGACUAUAACCACGGAUGACUUAUCGCGUGAACUGCCGAAUAUAGUACUCAUCUUAGGUUCAAGUUGAAAAAGAUCUUCUCAAGGAGGUUUACAAAAAAAUUUUAGGUUGAAACGUGUAUA